AAGAAGAAGAAGCAGCACAGCAGCAGCAGCAGCAGCGGCAGCAGUACCAGGAGAAGAAGAAGAAUGAAGAUAAUGCUAAACGGAAAAUAGAGGGGACGGAGUACUGUUUGGUGAACGUGAAAUUAACGCAUUUACCUCGAAAUAUUGCCAUUGAAUAUAGCUGCAUUACAUUCGCUAAACUAUGACAGAGCCUCAAUCAGCGCUGUUACUCAGGAGACAGCUUGCAGAGCUGAACAAAAACCCAGUGGAGGGAUUUUCAGCAGGUCUGAUCGAGGAUAAUGAUCUCUACAGAUGGGAAGUCCUUAUCAUUGGGCCUCCAGACACACUGUAUGAAGGUGGUGUGUUUAAAGCUCAUCUGACAUUUCCCAAAGAUUACCCUCUCAGGCCACCUAAAAUGAAAUUUAUCACAGAUAUUUGGCACCCUAAUGUUGACAAGAAUGGAGAUGUAUGUAUUUCUAUUUUGCACGAGCCUGGGGAGGACAAGUAUGGCUAUGAGAAACCAGAGGAGCGCUGGCUGCCUAUCCACACAGUGGAAACUAUCAUGAUUAGUGUUAUCUCUAUGCUGGCAGACCCAAAUGGUGACUCACCAGCCAAUGUGGAUGCUGCAAAAGAGUGGAGGGAGGACAGACACGGAGCAUUUAAAAGGAAAGUUGCCCGUUGUGUACGAAAAAGCCAAGAGACUGCGUUUGAGUGAUAUUUAGCAAGGAUCUAGCUUCAUGUUUUCAGGGUCUCCAAUUGAAAAUCAACAUGGCACUGUUUCCUGCACUCUUCCACCCGCCAGGCUUGUCCUUUAUUUUGGCAGGAACAGACUGGCUACUGUAGGCUGCAAUAGAACAUAACAGUGACUACCAAGGCUGACAGAAAACCGCCAAGCAAGUGCCAACUCAAAAAAAAAACAAAACAAACAAACCCAGAAGAUGAUAAAACAUUUUUCAAGUCUAUGAACUGCUUCAACAUUCAGGAAGAUAUUGUAAAGACAUGUAUAUAGCACAGACUUAACCGGAUAAUAUAUAAGCACCCUUUCCAUCCAUCAAGACACUUAGACCAAAUGGAUAGCGCUGGUACUGAUAGAUUUAUUUUUUGUCCACCUUCCCUCUCUCAACUCCAGCAUGUAUUAGUUCUCUUCAGAUUGUUUUAUCAGGAUGUCUUAAAUAGAGAGAAUUGCGAUGCUGUUGGAGGAAUGUCACCUAAGAAGAGCUUGAUUGAUUCAAGUGAGACACGAAUGAUGUGACUGAUGAAGGGUUUUUCCAUAUUAGAAUACAAAGCUGUUCUCAUGGGUUCUUUAACACUCUCAGAACUCAACAUCGUACCUGAAUGAUUUUGUUUUUCUUCAACUGUUGUAAGUCUUACCAUCCUGCUCAGUUGACACGAGAAAAGCAACAUACCCCUUAAUUUUUGUGCAUGCUAAAUUUUGUUUAUCUUUUUUCAAAAGUGCCUCCUAAUAAAAUGCUUGGCCACUUCACCCUGCAUUGAACAAGUGUUUUAAAACGUUGAGAAAAGAUGGAGAAAUUGUGUACCACCUAUGUAUGAAUUUACUUAAUAGCCAGUACACAGGGAAUCUGUAUCAUUAGAUAAUUGGUAACAAUUUGGUAUAGCAAUAACUCCCAUAGUAUGAAGUGUACACGUUAAUUUUUGAUAUCCUGAUACAGUUUGAGGUCCUAUUCUCCAGUAUUCUGUUAUUUUAGCAGCCUCUCUUUUCCUCGUCUGUGUUGUCCUCGGUAGGAAUUGUUAUGCAUGCUUUAUCCUCCUUUUUAUUUGGUUUGUUUUUGCUGAAUGUUUCUGGGAUUAUGUUUGAGUGUUUGUGUAUACAGUAUGUGUGCCCAUUUUGUUUUGUCACGCUCUGCCCUGAUCCACAAUCUCAUGAUUAUUCUGCUCACUGAACUAUUGCAGUUUUGCCUAAUGUACAAAGACAAAAUACUGAUGUAUAUUUUUCAUGUUAUGAAACCUGUUACCUGUAGUGAGUUCUUCUAAAAUAUGACUUUUUUUCAAUA